UAUUCGAUGAAAUAAACUACACAAGAAUUCACUUGUACGUACUUACUCGUACUUGCAAUUUUAGUGAUAUUAUUUUAACGUGAACAACAAUGGGCUCCACAGUUCAAAAUACAAAUUAUUGGCACUGCUACAUUUGUGAAUUGGAUAUACCAGCAUCACAUAUUGAAGAGCAUAAUGAAAGUUGGAAACAUAGUAUGUAUGUAUCGAUAUGUCAAGAAUCACUAAAAAGGCUGAACAACCAUAUUACCGUAAGAAACAGCGAUUUAUCGCAUUGCAAGGAAAGUACGAAUAUCACAGACUUUUGUGCCAACUGCUCUGUAAUAGUUGAGAAUAACGAUCACAAAGCAUCAAGAAACCACAACCAAUCGAAAACAAAAGAUGUGCUGAUGGAAAAUCUUUUUAAAUUGUACGUUAGUUCCUCCAACUUCAACGAAAAAUUCCUCAACGAAUUAAAAAAUACCAUAACAAAACUGGUGACACUACUUAGCACAGAAUCUGAGCGAACUAUUUCUGAUAGGAAAUAUAAAACAACAGAACCACUUAAUAAUGGAAUCACGUACGAUAAAUAUAUAAAACCUAGUAUCUCGGAAGCAGACACUCAAACAAACAGUAAUACUUUUAAUAAUAGCGAAUGUAUUAUAGAAGUACAAUCACCAAACAACGAUAAAAAGGUAAAUAUUGUUGAUAAUAAUGAUUGUAAUAAACAUGACCAUUUGCUGAAAUUAAAAGUAGAAAAAACAAUAAGUGAGAACCGUAUAGUACACGACCAAUUAUUGCAAAAGUCUGAAAAAUCAUCAAAAUUCGACUGCAAAAUUUGCUGUAUUGAAAUAGAGGAUAACCCAAAAAUGAUUGAAACACAUAUAAAAUCCUCCGAACAUAUCUUCCUAUUUCAUAAUCUUUUCGGCGACCGCUUAAAAUGUAUUGUCUGCAAUAUCCACCAUGUGACACCAAAGUGCGAAUUAUUACAUAUCAAUUCUAAUAAACAAUCAAUAGAACCCGCUGCAGUAACAAAGAAAAAUGAUGACUAUGAAAAAGUCGUCAACCGUUUGUGUAAUGACAAUAUUAGAAAAACUUUUGCUAAACUUUAUAAAAACGAAAAGGUAGAUAAUAAUUUAGAAGCAGAUAUACAAAGUUCUAAAGCCAGUAUUAAUUCCCCAAUCAUAGGAUGGGAUGAAGAUGGUGAAAGUGUAGAUGGUAAAGACAUGAUAAUUAAUAAUAUUUCGAAAUUUUAUAAAGACGAAAACGCAGAGGAUAAUUUAGAAAAAAAUAUUCAAAGUUCUAAAGCCAUUGUUAAUAUUCCAAAAUUAAGAUGGGAUGAGGAUGGUGAAAAUGUAACUGGUAUAGAUAUGGUAUUGCCAGAAGUAUUAAAUGAUAGUAUUUCUGGCAAUACCAGUUGUUCAGAUAAAUACUAUUUUGAUUCUGAACGCAAAAUGUCUAAUAAGAACCGUAAAAAAAAGGUUAAUAAAGCCAUACACAGUAAAAAAAAGAAACGAUCAAAAAAAAAUAAAAGUAACCAUCAAACCGAGGAGCCUCCAGAUCCUUUGAUGGACAUUGAUUUAGUAAAAAAGGGCCCAAAUAUAAUCUACUGUAAACUAUGUAGAAUAACUGUUUCAAAUAAACCAGGACAUGAUUCGAGACAUUUUAAAGGCAAUUUACACUCAACUGAGCGUCAUUUUUUCUUAACACGAAACAAAAUAACUGCCUCCCAUUUCUAUGAAAAUUAUGGUUAUCUUCACUGCGGUUGGUGUAACAUACAUUUUUACGAAGGGUUUAUACACGAACAUGUUUUAAGUGAAUCUCAUACAACACACAUCCAAGAAUUAAUUGAAUAUGAAAAUAAAAGACUGGAAUACUAUACGAGAGAAGCAGAACACCAAAAAAUCCUGUGUGUGUAAUAUGCAAUGAUGGAAAAAAAAUCUUUAAAGGUCUAGGGAUUAUAAAUUUACACUUUACUCAUAUGCACCAUCUUAAUAAUCAUAAG